ACCUGAUGAACCUGAAGAAGCCAUGGUGGGCACAACUAGUGCAGCGCUUAUGGUCUUCUCUCUCUUGGGAUCGUCUGCAUCGAAAGAACUGCUUCCCCAAAGUAGUGAAUCAGGACCAGAGGCUUCAACUGUGAAGUCAACAACAGUGAAUGAUACAUCGCUAGAUGGCGCUGAUGAUCACUCUGCUGAUUAUAGCGCACUCUAUGAGCGCUAUUUCACACUAGCGAUGCCUAAGAACCGUGCAGAAAACCGCUAUGUUAUAAGGAAGGCUAGAGCGGCUGGACAUCUUAUCCAUAACUCCAAAGGAUAUUUUACAGAUUUGAAAUAUUUUGACAAUCAGAAUGAUGGAUCGCGAGCCUUCAUUCAACACGGCUAUAGACUAACCCAUAUGACAGAAGCGUUCCACCUAAAUAAACCCGAAAACCGUUACUAUAACAACCCCAACAUGAAACGUAAAAUUAUUCUUGGGUUUGAAUACAUAAUAGACAAAGCUCCCUCAAAUAGAGAUUGGAACUGGUGGGGUCGGCAAAUAGGGGCGCCAAAAUCAUUGUGGGAGGCGUUUCUCCUUGCUAGUACAUUCCUAGAGAGAGAUCUUCUAUUGAGGGGCUUGAGGAGAUACUGGAUCGAGACUAAGGUGUGGGAUUCAAACAACAGAAGUGGUAAGAUGGCAGGGUCAAAUCUAGCCAACCGUGGCUUCCUUACUCUCGUUCAGACUUAUUUAGAGGGCG